AUGCCCUGGUCCAGACCUCAGGUGGAGCUUCACGCCGGCGGAGCGGAGGCCAUGGACCAGUACAACACGGACGACCACCACUACGAGGGCUCGCUCUUCCCCGCCUCCACCCUCAUCCCCGUCACCGUCAUCUGCAUCCUCAUCUUCGUGGUGGGCGUGACGGGCAACACCAUGACCAUCCUCAUCAUCCAGUACUUCAAGGACAUGAAGACCACCACCAACCUGUACCUGUCCAGCAUGGCCGUGUCCGACCUCAUCAUCUUCCUCUGCCUGCCCUUCGACCUCUACCGCCUGUGGAAGUACGUGCCGUGGCUGUUCGGCGAGGCGGUGUGCCGCUUCUACCACUACAUCUUCGAGGGCUGCACGUCGGCCACCAUCCUCCACAUCACGGCCCUGAGCAUCGAGCGCUACCUGGCCAUCAGCUUCCCGCUCCGGAGCAAGGUGGUGGUGACCCGGCGCCGGGUCCAGUACAUCAUCUUCGCCCUGUGGGUGUUCGCCCUGGCGUCCGCCGCCCCCACGCUCUUCCUGGUGGGGGUGGAGUACGACAACGACACGCACCCGGACUACAGCACGGGCCAGUGCAAGCACACCGGCUACGCCAUCAGCUCCGGGAAGCUGCACAUCAUGCUCUGGGUGUCCACCACCUACUUCUUCUGCCCCAUGCUCUGCCUCGUCUUCCUCUACGGCUCCAUCGGCUGCAAGCUGUGGAAGAGCAGGAACGACCUGCAGGGCCCCUGCACCCUGGCCCGAGAGCGCUCGCACAGGCAGACGGUCAAGAUCCUCGUGGUGGUGGUGCUGGCCUUCAUCAUCUGCUGGCUGCCCUACCACAUCGGCAGGAACCUCUUCGCUCAGGUGGACGACUACGACACGGCCAUCCUGAGCCAGAACUUCAACAUGGCGUCCAUGGUGCUCUGCUACCUCAGCGCCUCCAUCAACCCCGUCGUCUACAACCUCAUGUCCCGGAAGUACAGGGCCGCCGCCAAGCGCCUCUUCCUGCUGCACCGGCGGAGCCGGCAGGCCCACCGCGGCCAGCGCCAGCUGUCCUCCAUCGACCACAUCUCCACCCUCAACGAGAGCCUGACCGGCGUCUGA